AUGUUCAAUGCCAAAUCAUGUUUGAUAUUUUCAACUCCAUCCAAUAUUUCAAAAGUGAUCAAUGAAAUAAGUCAAACUGAAAACCAGCAUAUUCAAUUUGUGGUAGCAGGUACUGAUUCAGUGAUACCUAAUUCAAACAGAAAUGGAGUGUCGGUAUUAUGGUUAGAUGAGCCAGUAAAUAUCACUGGUAGUAAGAAAUUGGAUGAGAUUCCGGAUGAUGUUAUGCACAAAAAUUGGAAACUAAUGGAGUCCAAUUUAAGACUUGAGGCUGGAAAAUCAUCUGUAUUUGAUUUGAAAUUGGCAAAUACUUCUUUUGUCGGUGAUUUACCUAUUACCCUAUUUUAUAUCCAACCGAAACAUAUUGAAUUAGAAUUGGAAAAUUCAGGCCAAGCUUUAAAAGAGUUGUCUUUACGAUUACCAAAGAAUGUGAUAUCGAAUGAUUCAAAAGUGGAGGAAUUUGAUAAAUGGACUGCUUUAUACGAUACCGCAGAUCCAUUCCAUGUAGCUGACUUCAAAGGUAAUUUAUUGAAGACGAUUAAUGAUAAAUCUGCAGCUGGAUUCUUAGAGAAUAAUGAAAAAUUAAUGAGUAUUGGAUCUAAAGAUACAGAAGUUUAUGUGAAGAUUUACAAAAAGGAUCUGGAUUUAGUUUACAAGUAUAAAGUCAUUGCUGGAGGUGGUGGAUGGGGUGCUAAAGCUAACAUUAUAGCUCUUUCUCCUGAAGCUAAAAUCAAUAAAGGAGAUCGUAUUGAAUUUUAUAUGUUGACCCCACAACAUCGAUUUAACGAAGAACAAUCAUUGGUUGCCAUUGAAGAGUAUAUUAACAAAAUUUCAAUUGAAUGUGCUUAUGAAGAGCAAAGUUAUAAUGAUGAUACUUUAGGUGAUGAAUUAGUAAUAGAGAAAGCAUUUGGAGCUGGAUCAGAAGAAGAGUUCAAAUAUAAUGAUGUAAAACAUCAUUCUUCUGGGGAAAGAAUAUCAAUUGGUAUAUAG